CGCAGUGCCGGGGACAUGGCCCAAUCACCCUCCUCCCCUGGCGAGGGAGCCACCUUUGAGCAUCUGUGGGAGCCAGACAGCACCUACUUUGACCUUCCCCAGCCCAGCAGGGGGAAUAGCGAGGCAGUGGGCAGUGAGGAGACCAGCAUGGAUGUCUUCCACCUGCCGGGCAUGACCUCCCCAGUAAUGGCCCAGUUCAAUUUGCUCAGCAGCGCCAUGGACCAGAUGGGCAGCCGCGCGGCCCCGGCCAGCCCCUACACCCCAGAGCACACCGCCAGCGCGCCCACACAUUCGCCCUACGCACAGCCCAGCUCUACUUUUGACACCAUGUCUCCAGCGCCUGUCAUCCCUUCCAACACUGACUACCCUGGCCCCCACCACUUUGAGGUCACCUUCCAGCAGUCCAGCACAGCCAAGUCAGCCACCUGGACGUACUCCCCACUUUUGAAGAAGUUGUAUUGUCAGAUUGCCAAGACGUGCCCUAUCCAGAUCAAGGUGUCCACACCACCUCCCCCAGGCACGGCCAUCCGGGCCAUGCCUGUCUACAAGAAGGCAGAACAUGUGACGGACAUCGUUAAGCGCUGCCCCAACCAUGAGCUUGGCAGGGACUUCAAUGAAGGACAGUCUGCCCCGGCUAGCCACCUCAUCAGAGUAGAAGGCAACAACCUCUCCCAGUAUGUGGAUGACCCUGUCACCGGCAGGCAAAGUGUGGUUGUGCCCUACGAACCCCCACAGGUGGGGACAGAAUUCACCACCAUCCUGUACAACUUCAUGUGUAACAGCAGCUGUGUAGGGGGCAUGAAUCGGAGGCCUAUUCUCGUCAUCAUCACCCUGGAGACCCGGGAUGGACAGGUGCUGGGUCGCAGGUCUUUCGAGGGUCGCAUCUGUGCCUGUCCUGGCCGUGACCGCAAAGCUGAUGAAGACCACUACCGGGAGCAGCAGGCCCUGAAUGAGAGCGCCACAAAGAACGGGGCCGCUAGUAAACGUGCAUUCAAGCAAAGCCCUCCUGCCAUCCCCGCCCUGGGUGCCAAUGUGAAAAAGAGGCGACAUGGGGACGAGGACGUGUUCUACAUGCAUGUGCGAGGCCGGGAGAACUUUGAGAUCUUGAUGAAAGUCAAGGAGAGCCUAGAACUGAUGGAACUUGUACCACAGCCUCUGGUGGACUCCUACCGACAGCAGCAGCAGCAACUCCUACAGAGACCGAGUCACCUGCAGCCUCCAUCCUAUGGGCCUGUCCUCUCCCCGAUGAACAAGGUACAUGGUGGUGUCAACAAGCUGCCCUCCGUCAACCAGCUGGUAGGCCAGCCUCCACCACACAGCUCGUCAGCUGGGCCCAACCUGGGACCCAUGGGCUCCGGGAUGCUCAACAGCCAUACCAUGCCGGCCAAUGGUGAGAUGAAUGGCGGCCACAGCUCCCAGACCAUGGUUUCUGGAUCCCACUGCACCCCGCCACCCCCCUAUCAUGCAGACCCCAGCCUUGUCAGUUUUUUAACAGGAUUGGGGUGUCCAAACUGCAUCGAAUGUUUCACCUCCCAGGGGUUACAAAGCAUCUACCACCUGCAGAACCUCACCAUAGAGGACCUCGGGGCCCUGAAAAUCCCUGAUCAGUACCGCAUGACCAUCUGGAGAGGCCUACAGGACCUGAAGCAGAGCCAUGACUGUGGGCAGCAGCUACUGCGCUCCAGCAGCAAUGCAGCCACCAUCUCCAUCGGUGGCUCUGGCGAGCUGCAGCGGCAGCGGGUCAUGGAAGCUGUGCAUUUCCGCGUACGCCACACCAUCACUAUCCCCAACCGCGGAGGCCCAGGUGGAGUGACCGGCCCCGACGAGUGGGCAGACUUUGGUUUUGACUUGCCUGACUGCAAGUCUCGUAAGCAACCCAUCAAAGAGGAGUUCACAGAGACAGAGAGCCACUGAGGGGGAGUGACUUCUCCUUCCUCUGUGAGAAGCUGCCCUUGGAAGCAGGACCCCUCAGCUGUGCCCAUGGAAACAGCAAGGGCCUUCUGCCAGAUGCCAUUCCCGAAGGGAUGUCACUCAUGAACUGCCCCUAGGAAACCUCUGGAACUGUCCUACCUACGUGUACAUGAGGCAGGUUAUGGGCCAAAUGCUGAGACAGGGGGCUGUCCCUUUGCAGGUGGGUAUGCCAGCACCACUCUCUACGCGCCCCCUUUCUUGAGGAUUCUACCGUCUCCAGGACAGAGCAAGAGCCUCUUCUCACUCACCCUCUGCCACAAAGUAUUCCAGAGUCUUCUAGUUCCCUCUAGCCUCGAGCAGCCGGGCCACUGUGUCUUCUGCACUCAUCUGCAGGUUGAUUCCGAAUUGUGUCUUGAAGGUGAAGUCCAGAGACACCCGGGACAGCUCUGUCUCUAAUGUAUGCCAUUCUGCUCUUCCCCUGUGUCUCCUGACAAGAACAAAGUCAUAGUCCAGUUCCCUGGGGUUAGAGGAGACUGGCAGACCAGAGGAAGCUUCUGGCAUCAGCCUUCAGCCAGCACCCAAAACACACUGGCCACAGCCCCUUUACAGACCCCUCUCAGCAGACAGAGGGACAGCGUGAG